CCCCACAAAUCCCAUUGAUAUCGUACAGAUAAGGCUCUGUCUAUCGGUCUACUCCCGCCACACAGCGUGAAAGGUCCACAGAAGAGGCGGCACAUGUCCACUGUCCAUCGAGCCGCGCGCCACAAUCAGUUGAGAGCGUCAGACGGUGUUGAUUUUUGCGGCUUUUUGCCGGUGCUUUCGUUUCGUUGGUGUUAAUUUGAUUACGAUGAAGGUGUUUUUGGUGGGUGCUUUUUUAACUGUUCUUUGUUUGACCUGUUGUGCUCAGGAUGACUCCGAAACUACCGAACCCGUCGAGGAUAACCCACGAGAAAUGAGGGAAUACAACAACAAUGAUAAUUGGAGGGCGUUAGAUGACUUUCCUUCCCAAGGUAACACCGGAUGGAUACCACACGAUUCCUCGCAGGAACCUGGCGAACAAUUGCCGAAAAAAAGAAGGCUACGCAAAAGGAAAAGAAGGCCACCCAUGAUAAGCCUUACCGAGUCAGAGGAUGGUUCAAAUGAACGCAUUGUAAUAAGAAAAAGAAUAAGGCCCCAGAGGUUGGAUCAAAUAAGAGAAUCCUGGAAAGAUACCGAGGAAGAUAUUAUAAGAAGACCUUAUGUAAGGAGAAGAGUUGCUCCGACAUACAACCAUCCACCGGAAGAAAUUAUUAUAAGUGGAGAGCAACUUAAUCCUCUAUCGGCAACGUUGCAAUUCCAAGACGAAACCACGCAGAAACAAGAAAACGAAGUCAUUGAGAGUAAGGCCAAAGAAGAGGUCAAUAAUGAUUAUGAACAACCUAUAAACCCGCCAGAAAUCCUCCCAGAACCUUUGGAUGUGGAAAUAAAAACACACUCAACCCCAGACCUAAAAACCCUACUAAAACAAAGCAGCGGAACGUUGAGUCUAAGCGAACUUCUUCAACAGAAGAACUUGUCGUUAUCAGAGCUCCUAACCGGUAACCAAAAAGCUAUUUCCGCUUUGACUGAACCGCCACAAGUUUCGAUAUCACCUACAGAAAGCCAAACAGCAGCUUUUAAACGCGUACCACCUUCGGUAGCCUUAAAAAAAACCACCAAUAGAGUCUACGAACAAUCCCAAGAAUCAGCUGAAGCCUUAACCAGUAGAGAAACGUUUGAAGCCCAAAGAAAACGUUUGGCGUUGCUAAAUGGUUUUAAAGAGGACCACGUUUAUGCUGAUGUUACCAAAUAUGAAGUUGUAACAGAACCGGCUACAGAAAAACGGAUAUUUGUGCCAUCCCAUCCAAAAUACUACACUUCCUUGGACUACAAGCCUGAUUUAAAGCAGUUUGAGUUUAACACUGAGCCUUACGUUGAAACAACCACAACUACCACUACUAUAUCAGAUACAACUCCUAAGUUAUUCAAACAAUUGGAUAGAAUAAACAAGAUUAGAUUCGGUUUUCCAAAAUUAAGCAACAUCUCAAAAGAGAGCGAUAGUUAUCCUACAUUACCUCCAAAACCAAAUAAAAUAAGCUUGAGUGAAAUUUUCGGGGUUAAGGAAGAAAAACAAGAUGAACCUUUUAGAAUGGCAAUAGAUCUCGGUGUAACAAUGAAGGAUGAAUCUAGUUCCGAAGAACAAUUUAUAACAACACCGCCAGCAGAAAAGUUGAAAUAUGUAACGGCCAAAGAAGAAAUAAUGGAGAUACUUCGGGAUCCAAAUACAAGAGAAAAUCUAGCAAGAAUCCUAGAAACAAGAAAUAUGACGUUAGAAGAGCUCGUAGAACAAAGGGAGCGAGGUUCAAGUCAACUGCACUUGGCCGACAUAUUCCAUAAUAAAACCAGGGAACCGGAACCGUUGGAAGAAGCUUUCGUAGGCCAUGUUAACGAAAAUUCACCGUUGCAAUUCCUGGGGAGGCAACAAAAAAGUAUUGAGGUUCUUAAGCCACCAAAAGUGGAAGUAAAGCCGAAAGACGAAUAUUUGGUAACAAGCUUUCCAACCUACAAAAUAGCUUCAAAUAAAACAAUCAAAGAUGCCUUUCAGUGGCCAGACGUCUACUCCAGUUUAUUUCCAAAAAUCAAUCAAAAUAUUAAUAACAAAAAACCCGAAAUUAAAACCACCACCGAAUCAUAUUUCGACGAUGACAUCCAACGAUUGGAAGAAAUAGAAAAUAAAUUAUCUUCACUGUCAAACGACAGAUUCGAUGUAGAAUUAAAGCAAAAUACUUUUGAACAAAAAAGUGACGAAUCUGAUGAUUAUUUCCCACUUCCUUCCGGUGUCAAGUCAGCUAUUGUAGCUAGCUUGGCCAUAAUUGGCGGUUCAUUGCUUGUAUUUGUAACCAUUUUGCUUAUAUUUAAAUGGUCCCAAAAGCACAAGCAAAGACUCAACUACUGCAGUAGCUUAACGUCCAGGAUUAAAUCGCCUAUUCUAGAAAAUGCUCCCAGGCGAUCGAUAAGAUCGUUUAUGAACGAGACUUUAGGUAGGCAGAAAAACGAUUAUUACAAUUACAACAAAAGUCACAUACAAAGUAUGUCCGAGCAAAUUUGGGAGAAUGAUAGAAAACUUUCGUAUUAAAAUUUUCAACCAAGUGACUUCUCUAAAAAGACUUGAUGUUAUUUAUUUUUUUGUUAUUUAUGUGAUCCUUGUGCAAUAUUUAUUUAGUUUGUAUGUAGUAAGACUAAUCCUUUCUAUUAUGUUUAUGAUCUUUAA